UUUCCCCCAAAUCAAUUAGUCUCUGUUCCAAAGUCUCGAUUUUUUUCUCUUUAACCCUAACCCUAAACCUAGAUUUCCUUCUCGCAAUGGCUGGGAGAGGCAAGGCUAUUGGAUCCGGGGCUUCUAAGAAGGCGACAUCGAGGAGCAGCAAAGCUGGUCUGCAGUUCCCUGUGGGUAGGAUAGCACGGUUCCUCAAGGCCGGCAAGUAUGCCGAGCGUGUUGGCGCUGGGGCUCCCGUCUACCUUGCCGCUGUUCUCGAAUAUCUUGCUGCCGAGGUUCUUGAAUUGGCUGGCAACGCUGCAAGAGACAACAAGAAGACAAGGAUUGUUCCGAGGCACAUUCAAUUGGCCGUCAGGAACGAUGAAGAGCUCUCAAAACUCUUAGGUACAGUAACCAUUGCUAAUGGUGGAGUGAUGCCCAAUAUUCACAACCUUCUCCUUCCGAAGAAGACUGGUGCUGGGUCAUCCAAGUCUGCUCCUGAUGAUGAUAACUAGAUUAAGAAAAAAUACAACUUGUUUAAUCUUUUAUUUGAUGUAUUAUUAGUUUAGUUAGUUGAUUUGUGGGGGUGGUUGCUGUGGAAAUUGUUUGAUCUUGAGGGGGGUUGUGAUAAGUAUAAUUUGAUAAUGGUGAAUGCUGUGAUGAACAGCUUAAUCAUUUUUAGUCUUUGUUUGUCCAAAUGUGUCUGUUUGAAUGUUUUGUCUUGUUUGUGAGGAGCCAGAGAUUUUGUCAGACUGAAAUUUUACCAUUUCUUUCUGCA